GCGCCGCCAAGUCACCUCAGAAGCAGUCGUCAAACCACUGGUGUGCCGAGACAGUCUUGGGUGAUAGCACUGAAGUCUGAUAGUAUCGUCGACAGUGAACAGAAUUCUUAGUAGCGAAACUACUAGUAUUCAAAGGAACCUACGUAUUUCAGCCUACACAGACGAACUGAAAGUAACAAGAUGUCGUUCUGCUGGAUGUCCCCUCACUCCCGGAAGUCUAAGACUGACCCCCUGCACGAGUACAGGGGGGUGAUGUUCCCCAGGGGGGUGGCCAGGGAUCACCUCGACGCCAUGCCACACUUCCAGACACGCGAGGACGACAUUGCAGUUGUCAGCUACCCCAAGACAGGAACAACAUGGAUGCUGGAGAUAGUCAGUAGAGUCUUGUCAGUCGGCGGUAAAGCGGACAGGACGUCUGAGGAGAUCGGGAGACUCCUUGAGUCCACCGUCCCCGGCUCCUCCAAGCCGUCACACGUGUCCCUGGAAGACAUGGCCUCCCCGCGAGUCAUCACCACACACCUGCCGCGCCAGUUCGUACCGCCAGGACUCUCGAAACCCACCGGAAAUGUGAAGGUCCUUGUUGUGAUGAGGAACCCGAAGGACACGGCUGUCUCCAGCUAUCACUUCGUCAAUAAGACACACCAGCAGUCAGGCUCCAAGGUGCCGCUCAAGUGGGACAGCUUCAGCCAGGAGUUCCUACAAGGAAAAGCUGGUUGGGGCUCGUACUUUGACCACCUGUCGGGCUGGUGGCAGAUGCACAACGAUCCACACUUCCUCUUCAUCAAGUACGAGGAUAUGAAGAAGGAUCUUCGUGCAGCAGUUAAAAAGGUGGCAAAUUUCCUUGAAGUGUCUCUGGACGAAGACACACUUCAAGACGUAGUCAACGACUGUACCUUCGGCAGCAUGAAGGCAAACAUGGCUAAGUCACAACAUGCUGGGAAGAAAGUCCUUGCCAGAAAAGGUGUUGUUGGGGACUGGAAGCAGCACUUCACGCUGGAGCAGAGUGACAGCUUUGACGCCAUGUUCAGGAGGGCGUUAGGGGGAACCGGGCUGGACUUCGAGUACGACGAGGCUGACGGGACAGUACCGGCUAAACUAAUAGUAUAAGUCAUUGGUUAUGUGAAAAAAAAUAGUGUGUAACCUUUGUGUCGGUAGGCACCCAUAGUGUGUGUUUGGGUGAACUGUGAAAAAUUCGUUAGUGAACUGGAAAGAACCACUUUGUACAUAAAACAUUCUUCUGACA